GCCACCAUGGCGCGUGCCGUGGCUACCCAAAGGCCUCUUGGGCAGAGCGCCGGCCUCGCUGGCCUCGCUGGCCUCGCCCUCUGGGCUGUUGCGGGGCUCGGCUUCGUUCAGUUCGUCCAGUGCUUCGUGGGUCCCUCACGGCCUGGCUAUCGCCUCGACAGAUAUCGUACUUUACGCAGAGCGGCAGAUUCAGAUGAAGAUGAUGACUCCUUGGCGGAUUUUUGGAUUCAGGAUGUGUCGCCAAAGGGCCGAAAGGUGAUACAGGUCUAUCGGAAGCUGACCGCACUGAAGGCAGACGAGCAGAGCGAGAUCGAAGAGGUCAUGAAGCAACUGGACAGUGAGCAAAAGAAAAUGCUGAACAGCGUCCUUGCUGCACGACAAGAUGCGGAUCGGCCAAUCGAGUCUUCUCAGCCAGAGAAUGGGGACUCGCCGAAGAGGCUUUACAAGAAGCUCCAACUGCUCAAGGAGGACGACGAGGUUGUCAAAUGGCGUCAAACCAUUGAUCCGCAGCUGCUGCAGAACAUCAUCGAGAAGGAGCAGAUGAAGCUUGCAGAUGCGGAGCAGGCGAAGGAAUCAGAGCUGGACGAUGAAGAAGCAGUCGCUGAGGCUUGGAAAAUCUUCCAGGCGCAGUUCCCAAAAGCUGCUGAGAAGGAGAUCUACAUGACAACCCCUUGCAGAGAGGCAGAUGUGAAAUAUCGCUUCCGGCGAUUGAUGGAGAGUAUGGAGAUUGAUUCAGCCACCGCACUUCAGAUCGUGGACAGAGAUUCCACGCCGAUGUUUGUGGAUCCCGACUUUGUACGUCGCACCUGGAAAGCCAUGGUCAAGGUAACGGGUCGGGAAGAUGCUUUAGACAAUAUUGUCUUAAAGCAUCCUGGGUCGCUGGUGACGCAACCCACGAAUGUGAAGGCAAAGAUCAACGAGAUCAAAACCGGAGCCGCGGUGAUUGGAGCCUUCACAGACAUCGGCAAGAGCUUUUCAGGCCUCUUCGCGGGCGGCCUGGUGGCCGGCAUCGUGACGCGCCAGGCGCUGCGAAGCCGAAGCCGAAGCCGGCGGAGCCGCGGAGGGCGCGGCGGGCGCACGGCGUUGAGGGCCGUAAACCCCGAUGCAGAAGAUUUCGAUGAGCCGCCUAUCGAGCUUCGUGGAUUCUCCUUGGCGCAAGCCUUUUUGGUUGCAGGCGCUUUGCUGAUUGUCAUCUCCUUUGGUGAUUACUUUGUCUUUGGCACUGGCGGAGGCGGUGGCAUCGGCGGCUUAACCUUCAUCUAUGCGGUGCCAGUGAUGUUACUCGGGGCAGCCUUGCUCUACGCAGAGCUCUUGCCGGUGGAGGUCGAAACCGAUCCAGACGCGGUGGGCUUGUUCGACACCAAGGCGACCUCGACCAUGCAGAAGGUGAAGGCAGAUGUCACCCGUCAUCGCUAUGGUGAUGAUGCCCACUUGGACUCGUCUUUGAAAGCUUUGGGUUUGGUGGGCGCUGGUGGCAGAUAUCCAAAGCUCUUGAAGAUCAUCGAGUCCAAAGCUCCGAAUGGCGAGUUUGCUUUUCGCUUGCUCUUCGAGUCCAAGGACUUACCCUUCACUAUUUGGAGUGAUCCCAUGAAGAUUGUGGCCUGCGACCGCUUCUUUGGUCCUGGCAUUUGGACCGAGAUCACCAAGUACGAUGCGGGGAAGCGGAUUGCCGAGUUGAAACUCACCACUGGAAACAAACCCAGCUCACCGAGUGAAGCUUGAGCGCUGUCUGCAACUUUUAAGAGCAAUUUAGGGAAACUUAGCAGAUGUAGCAGAUGUAGUAGAUCGUAUUUAAAAAAC